AUGCCUCCUGAGACUCCUAGUGUUAAGAAACCCUCCAAAAACAAGCCUCCCUCAAGUUCGCCCAUCAAAGUUGUUAUUGCUGAAGGCUGCAUUCAGAAGGAUCCUCAAAAAGAUACAAUCAACAGCAGCAAAGCACAGGAAACAGAGCUGAGUCUGAAGCCAGGUUCUUCUCUGGUGAUGACACACCACAUCAACGUGGUACCGGGUUCUUGCACUGGAGGCUGUGAGGCAGAGAUGGCUACACUGAAGGACAGACUAGAGAUACUGGAAAAGGAAAUGUCAGCUUUGAAAAAAAAGUGCACCGUUUGCUCUGGAGUACAGUGCCCAAAUAACUGCAGCAAGAAUGGGGAGUGUGUCAACGGAAAAUGUGUGUGUCAUUCUGGUUUCACUGGCACUGCCUGCAGCAAAGGCACUGACAAGAAAAAUAAGGUGUCUUCUGAUAGUGACACUGUCAAGCAAGAGUCAUCAUCCCAGGAACUAUCAAAGACAAACAAUACAAUAAUCAGUACAAACGACAAAGAAAAAAAGCAUCAAACAAGAGGUCCAACAACUGUCAAAAAAAAUCCACCGAACAAAGACUUGCCUCCAAACCAAAAUGUGACUCAAAGUAAUAAUAAGAAAUCUAGCGGAAUGUUAACAGAUUUAAUCAAAUUGCCAACUAAACUGUCUACAAAUAAAACUGUUUUAAAUUCAAGGAAUGGGAAGCUAUCAUUGUUUAAUGUGACUUUUACAAAAAAUGUCAAAAAACCAUCCCAGAACAAUGAUAUGAAGGUUCUUAAUGGAGGAGCGUAUAUGACUCAGAAGAAUGCAAACGCAACAGAGGAGUUAAAAGGAGGAGAUAAGAAAAGAAAUCUAAAUUCAACUACAUCCACCAAGACAGACAAAAAGUCAACCAAGCAGAGUGUUAUACUAUUAAAAGACGGAUCAUCUGAAAAGAAAACAGAAAAACACUCAAAUGAAAAGGACAAGAAGCUAAACAAGGGAAAUGUCACGCCUCUUAACAAAGCAUCAUUAGGAAAUAUACAAGUGGACAAGCAUCUAAACGUAAAUAAUGCUACUGAAAAAGACAGGAAGAGCCAGAGCAAUGCCACACCUCUUGAAGAAAAAACAUCUGGAGAAGGAAAUGUUACAACUUCCAGUGAAAAAUGGAAGAAGGUAGCAACAGGUGAUGGUUUAUUUACACCGGUAAAUAAAAGUAAAACAGGACAGCAACAUGGAAACAUAACUGUUUCUACUGAAAAGGACAAUAAGCUACACCAGGGCAAUGCUACUCAUACUAAAGAUGAAUCAUCUUUUAAGACAAAGAAAGACAGCCAUCUCAAUGGAACAAUGUCAUUGGAGAAGGACAAAACAUUACCACAGAACAAUGCGGCAAAAGUUGUUAUACUUGAAAAUAAAGUUGGAGUCAGAAAAAAGGUUGAUAACAUAAAUGAAAAAAAGUCCAAUGAGAAAGGCAAGAAGUUUCUACAAGGUGAUGAGAUGAAAGUGAUAAAAAAAGAGGAAGUAAAUGUAAGUUCAACCACCACCAGUGAAAAGGAUAAGAAUUUACAACACAGUCUCAAAGAAGACGCAUCUAGCAAGCGCAAAGUAAACAGUGAUUUAAAAAACAUCACAAUUUCUAAAACUCAUGUCGAGAGGACAACAAAACCCACUGAUGUCGGACCAGUUGCGGUUCACAACAUAACUGCCACUGGGUUUGUUAUCACAUGGGAAGCUCCUCAAGGAGUAUUCAGGAAUUUCACAGUAACUAAAAAGGAGGUUUGGUCAGGAAGGAGCAGUGAGGAUGAUGCAGAAGAAGCUGAGAAAAGCCCAAACGGUGAUCUAAAAUCAGACGAGUUCAUUAGUUCAAACAAAACCUCAUCUAAUGUUUACACUGGAAAAGCAGAGAGAAAGAGUGCUGAGAAGUUCUCACAGAUUCUUGCUGGAAGUGCUCGCUCCUAUCAUUUCAAGAAUCUUCGACCACAGAGAAAGUAUUUGGUGUCCUUGAUCGGCUCCGGGCCUCACGUACGCUCCAAACUUCACAGUUUGUAUGUCUCUACAGGACCUGAACCACCAACAGAACUGCUGUUCAGCAACAUUACAGAAACGUCUCUCAUUUUGUCCUGGACCAAACCUAAAAGCACAGUAACAGGAUUCAAAGUAACAUACACCAAUUCUGCAAAUGGGGUAACAGGAUCCAUGUCUGUUGACUCACAGUUGUCCCAUGUUCUCAUUUCCAAGCUGUCUGUUGGUUCCCGGUAUGAAAUUAGUAUCAGGUCUGUUAUGCGAGCAAUAAAGAGUGAAGCCACUACAGCCUCAAUUGUUACAGUGCCUGACUCCCCUACUGACCUCCAGGCCAUGAACAUCACAGACAGCAAAGCACUGUUGGUAUGGAAGCCUGCUGAAGCCAAAGUCGAUCAUUAUAUCCUCAUUUAUGGAUCAACAAGAUCUCCUAAUGUGACAGUGACAGUGAUGUUGUCUGGCAAUUCUGUGCAGCACCAGCUUAGGGGUCUACACAGAUCUACCCUCUAUGCAGUAAAGAUUCUGAGCCAAAUCAACAGUCUCCAGAGUAGCUCUGUUUCCACAACUUUUACAACAAAAAGCGGAGUAAAGCUGCAGGUAGUUAAACCCAAUGAAGUCACCUGGAACUCAGCAGUGAUUUCAUGGAAGAGCACUCACAUAGCUUUCAGAAGCUAUAGGCUUACAUACCAGUUUGGAGAAGAGGUUAAGGAGGUGAUCCUAAAUCCAACUGUGUCCCAGUACAAGUUAACUGAUCUGGUGGCUUCUUCUCACUAUACUGUAAAAGUAGAUGGAGAGAGUGAGGGACAGUAUAUCAGUGUGGUUUCCACUACAUUUACAACAGCGCAAUUGCCUUACCAAUACCCAGUCGAAUGCUCCCAGGUGCAGGUGAAUGGCAUGAAGGAGUCUGGAGAGGCUGAGAUUUAUCCACAGGGUAAAGAAAGAGAGGCAGUGAGGGUCUACUGUGAUAUGGAGACUGAUGGAGGAGGCUGGACAGUAUUCCAGAGGAGAUUGGAUGGGUCUACUGAUUUCUUCAGAGAAUGGAGUGAUUAUAGAGAAGGUUUUGGAGAGUUGAGUGCAGAAUUAUGGCUUGGAAAUGACAUUCUUCAUGCUCUGACUAACACGGAACCAAUGAGCCUACGCGUGGAUUUGCGUUUAGGAAAUGACACGGCCUACGCUCAUUACUCCAACUUUUCUGUGGGGUCGGAGGUGAAUCACUACACCAUUGAGGUGUCUGGAUACUCUGGCACAGCUGGGGAUUCAAUGAAAUACCACAAUAGUUGUCCUUUCUCAACUAAUGACAAGGACCCCAGCAAUAAUGAUGUCCAGUGUGCAAAGAAAUACAUGGGAGGCUGGUGGUACAAGAACUGCUACAAAGCCAAUCUCAAUGGUGUCUAUGCAACCUUCUCCAAGGACCAGGGAGUGGUGUGGAUUGACUGGAAGGGCAAGGACAUCUCCCUCCCUUUUGCCGAGAUGAAGCUGCGGCCUGUCUCUCUGAGCCACGUGACCCCCAACACCCAAGGCUAGAACAUCUAGUGAAGAGCAGCUGCUGCAUGCAGAUACACUGUACAACCUUCAACACUUCACAUUUCACACACUGUACAUAAUUUUAUGCAAUGCAUAUCUACUUUUUUUUUUACCAAUUAUUAUUAUACGCCAUACAGUGACAAAGUUAAUAAAUGUCUAAUAUUAUAUAAAUAAUCAAACGAUCAUCCAUUCAACAUAGUACGUUUUAAUUAGGUAUGUGUAAAGGAUACAUACUGUGUGUGCCGCAUUAUUUACUUUCAUAUGACUGUAUAGUAAGGAUUAUGUGCUAUCAAAGCGUUCAAAGGGUUCUUUACACUGUUCCUGACUCACACCGCUACUGA